AUGAGCGCUUUUACCUUUGCACUGUCCUGCCUCAGCUUUGCUUCUUUGGCUUACGGAGCCUGGCAUGAUCAUGCCAUCAUCAGCAGUAACGCACAGAUGGACCUAAUGACCCUUCGCUCUCAGGCUGAAAAUUCGGCGCGAGUGGCCACAGAGAUCGCAACUUUCAACAGCAAGCCAUCUCCACAAGAAAUCAGCAAUCGUCUGGAUGAUCUCCUUCGCAAAAGCAACGCACAGCAUAUUUCUGAUGAUACUAAGAAACAGAUAGCAGCAAGCAUUGCCAGCCACUUCAGCUAUUCGUCCAAGAUCGAGACCUUUACCCUGAGGGAGAAUCAACAAGAAGGCCGUCUGGACGUUCUCAGUGUUGCUUCAAUCCACAACGGAAAUCAAGUUGACGUCGCUUGCGUUGUGCAAUCAGUUUCGGCAAGCCUUCCGCCGCUCAUUACGCAUCGUCGCUGGAACGGCUACCGGAGAAAGUGCAAGUUGGGGUUCUGCAGCAACAAAUGGGGUGAACGACAUGAGAAUGUGCCACGCGGCCUGCUGUCUGAGGAGAGCACUCUGCUGCUAGGCGUCCUCCGCGACCGUGCAAGUGCUGACCUCGACCAGAAGUUGCAAGCUAUCGGCAUGCUCUGA